AUUGUCCUGUCUUACUCCGUACUAUCUUACAUUUUUCCACGUUGAUUUCGGUACUUUGCAGGCCAGAUGCCCUGUUUUCCAGGCGACAAAAUUCCUUGGGGGUCCAGAGUAUCCUGGAGAACUGUUAGCAACCCAUGGAAUAUAUGGACCUUGAGGACUUUACCUUCAGUCUCUCGACAAAUCUCCGGUAUGCGUGAUCAUUAAAGUCGUAGCAAUCGGCCACAAGAUCUGCAGCAGAAUCAGCGGCUGUACCAAUUUUUGGAGACGAGGAUUUGGCUUACCCAUAUAAUUGACAUGUGACCGGUACUUGCUGAAACCACGCUUUCGGCCCUCCUGCAACAGGGUUCGGAAGAUGAUAUCAACCGAUUUCCUAUGGUCGGGAUUGGUCUUGUCGAAAACCAUCAUGUUGACAAAAAUGACAUGUCGUUCAUGCAUGAAAAAGUCACAGAACAGGUCGAAGCCUUGUGAUUCACAAACCUUCCGUGCUGUCUUCACCCAUUCGAGCACUGUUUUGCCGGAGGAUGGAAUGAUUGGUGAGUAGUCUGCGUGGGCACCGAUGCCGACUCGAUCGGUGGGCAACCGAUAUUUGACCAUGGGCAAACUCCACAAGCUCGGCACUCCGACGAAGAAGCCACCAUGAGGGUCAGGAAUCGAGGUCGCUUCGAGGAGCUCAUCAUUCUCGCCUGAGAAAAUAUGUCCCUGGAGCCGAUCCACCGAGCCUGGCGCGGCUUUGCCAAUGAUCCUCUUUAGCUCGUUGAAAUGUGCCUGGACAACUUCUUUCGCUCCGUACAGACCAAACUUGACAUUCCAGUAUCCGAAUCCGAGCUCUUUUUGAAGCUCCUUCAAUCUCCAGUUGGGGAUUGGUCCUUCCUUGGGAUACAGCUCGGCGCGUUUUCCAGUCAUUCCCAACCACUCCACGAUGUUAGAAACAUAAACGGUGUUCGGCAGUAGCCCGUCUCGUCGUAACGCGCCAAAGAUCUCAACAAUGGUCUCAACAUCUUCGAAGUUGGGCAUAUCAAAGGAGCACGACAUAUAUGCCUGUGGUUGCGGAUGAAGCCAUAUUCCAAGCUUUGUGACAAUGGCAAGAUUGCUCUGAAGGAAAAGGCCUUCUAUCGAGGGGCCGAAUGUGAAUUUCGACAAGUGGGAAGAUGGUGAGUUUGAAAUAGCAAAUUGGCCGGUUCGCACGACGUCUCCAUCAGCAAGCAUGACUUCCAGUCCACAGAUGUGUUGAUGAUGUGUUGCUGUUGGUGUGAAGCCUGUUCCACGAUCGACCGUCUGUUCCACAUGUCAGCCAAACCCCUCAGAGACCAGAUACGGCACACAUACAUUGCCAACGACACUUCCCCACCCCAACGACGGGACACUGGGCCACACUCGGAGCUUGUGUUUAGUGCAGUAAUCGUGAAGAUCGGUGAAUGUGACGCCGGGCUCGACGACCGCGUAAGAGAACUUGUCGUUGACUUCAAUGAUCUUGUUCAUCCGAUGCAGGUCCAAGGCGAGAGAACCGUUGAGCCUGGGAGCAGGCCCACCAUACCUGGAAAUUCAAUCAGCGGUGGAACCGUGUGCAGCAGCACAGACAUACCCGAGAUUCUUGCCGCGUGAAAAGGUCCAUACGGGGACCCCGUACUUGUUGGCGACGCUCAGGACACCUCGCAGCUCCUCUUCUGAGGCAGGGCUAGAGUAUUGUCAACGGAUGUUCAGGUUUCCCUCAUGCAGCUACAUACCAUACGGCACCACUUGGCAUACGUCUUUUGCCUUCAUUCUCCCACAGUUCGUAAGGAUCAACGUAUUCCUCCAGCGAGGCGCCUGUGAAGACAUAGUCUUUGCCAACAACCUUUUCAAACUCUGCAAUGGCAGAAUUGAAGUCCUGCUGGCUGACUCCGGGAGGAAGGACACUCUCCAGAGGUUUCAGAAGCUUUCCAAGAAACAAGGCACGGUGAUUUUCUUGGUAGUCGGGAUCUUGAUAUCGAACGGGGAAUUUAACAUCGGCGGAACCCAUUUCUGCCUCCAGAGACAAGACACCCUCGGCCAGAGAAAAGUUUCAAACUGCCUGUUAUAUGGAUUGACGACCUCUGCGAUACGGAGUUGCCAAAGAAAGGGACAAGGUUAUAAUGAAGACUUCUAUCAAUCAUCAAAUGAAUCCCGACUUGGCCAGAAGCAAGGAGAUGGAGUGUUCCACGCACUCUCCAGCCUCCAGCUCCAAUUGGGGCAGUGGCAUCUACCCCAAUACGAGUACAUGCCUCACCAGCCUGGACCCAACCCCACAUUUACCGUAUACAUCCCAGUUUCUUCUGACCGGGGACGGAAGCCCCGCCAACUCGUUGCUCCAGCGAGGCUGUUUGUGCCUAGCCCUAUGCUACACUACCAAGCCACACCGAGCCCGUGGGCACCGGACUUGUAUUUCUGGGGGGGUUUUGCGAUACCCAAGGACCAACUAAUCUGCCGACCUACGCCUUCAACACAACCCCCUCAAAUAGCUCACUCUGGGGUCCAGUAAUUCUCCUCGGUCACUUUGGCCGUAUCAAAGACGUAUUUCCCAGUUUGGCGACCAAUGGGGUCUUGAAAUCCGUUUUCGGUCUGGAGUAGGUACUGUGACGGAUCCUGUGUCAUAUUCAGAUAGAAUGGCACGUCCAGGCUGUUCAGGUCUCCCUCAACCCACUCCACUCCUUCGGUCGAUAUACCUUUCCAUUCUUGUUCGAUUUUGGCUUUCAUUGACAAUGGCAAUUUUGUCGUCAUGGGGCACUGAUACCAAUGUGCGAAAUAAUCGACGGCCAACAUGAUGCGGUGACGAUCACUCUUGUUCGGCAUCCCAGCAUGCCACAGCCGAAGAUCCCGGAAACAGAUGCUGCCCUUUUUGACUUUUGGUUGCACAGGUGGUUUUACCUUUGCUUGCCUCUGGAGAUACUCCUUUUUGAUCCAUCCUUUGGCCGGCGUGACCUGCUGCUCACUUUGAGGAUACGCAUUGUGUGUCCCACACCAGACUUCUGUCACUCCGUUUUCGGCAUCUGAAUCUUGGAGAUAAAUGUUCAUGACGAUUCCAAAAGGAAUUUCAGGAUAGGCGUGAUUGACGUCGCUGUGGACAGCUUGACGACCGGUGCCUCCUGGACAAGCGACGUUGCUAUUAAUGAAACGAAGCUCAGGUUUUGGUCCGAGAAGAUUUUCCACCACGCGGAUCAUAUGCGGAUUGGCGUAAAAGUCUCGAUCAAGCCAUUCUGGUGUCAAGGGAGGGAUCUGGCUGACGUUCCCAGUCGAAGCACCCUGGUUCCAGUGCAUGUGCUUUCUCUUCAGGAAUUCUUCGUUAUCCCGGACCAUCCGCUGGUACAGUCGAUCAACCAGGUUUCCAUCGAUCGCAUUUUCCAUGACCACAAAGCCGUCUCUGUGAAAGUACCGGAGGCAUUCCUGUAUCGUGUCGGACUUUGUUUCUCCUGAGUGAAGCUCUUCGUCGCUCAGGCGAAUGAUGACCGGGUUGUCACCAUGUUUCUCGACGUCGGGGAUCAAUGCUCCAUGAGCAUAUCUCGACCUCCCUGCAGGCUGCUCACCCGUAGCUGAAGGUGCCAUGGUCGAGCGUUAUGUCAAACGAGAUAACGGAAUGAGAAAAGCUUGUUGUGAGAGAGAAAAAUCAGGGGUUUAUGGGAUGCACGAGCGAUUGUGAUACAAGUCUCUCAAACCGAGUCACACGCCGAGUACGAAGUUCGGCAGAGACGGCAACUUCUGGUGUCUUCAUAGCUCCAGUCUAUGAACACAAUGUAUUCAAAACCCAGUAACCUGGGCCCCAUUGACCAACUAAUUUAGCCUAAUGACCGUCCCAUGGGGUAAUUGUUUGCCGGGGACACAGUCGAUAUACUCGCCCAACCUAUCACCAUCUCUCCUCAUUCAACAGACCCUCCUUACCCGACCACAGGACUCAAUUACAUUGUCUGCCAAAUGCAUAGGCUAUGGCAAUAUGGAUCCCAGACAUGGCAUUGCUUUGCCCGUGACUUGCGAAAAGAUGCAAAUCUUUCCCAACGGAGAAGUUCAACAGAGAAGCUAUCUCAUCCUUUCAGACAUUUGACUAGCAAUAGCAUCGGCCACUCGCCGCUGCGCCGCCACAACUCUACCAAGGCGGGAUCCGAUACCGUCGACUCACGAACUUCAGACGACGCCCAUUGGAGCCAUGGAGGAGGACACAAGCUGGAGCAAUAUGAUGAGAUACCAAGUCGUCAAUCGAGCAUACCAUGCACAUCACGCGCUCCAAUAAGGACUCGUCAAAGGCUUUGGUACCGGUCCACAGUGCGACUACAACGACAAAAUCCAAUGCUGCUCUCUUCGGUGUUGGUGCCUUUGUCAGAUUUCUCGCGUACAGAUCUCGCAUAUCUCCAAGUUUUCGAGUCCAAAAGUGUGGAGGUCGCAGCUGACCUAGUUUGUGGUUUCCCGACAGCCGACCCGGGGCAAUGAGAGUACAAAGGAGCCUGGAUCCCUGACCUUUCCCUUGACCGAUACACACACAGCACUCCUACAGGCCGUGGACAGCAAGUUGAGAUGGUGCGCCUGUUUUCUGGAAGCUCGACGCCCGAGCACGUCGUCGUCGGUGGUAGACAGUAUCCUCAAGUGACGUGGUACAAGAAUGGUGCCUUGAUCCACCUCCAUUUCUUGUGCGCGAUACUGCUACUCUCCUCGGCGACAAACGGCUACGAUGGAUCGAUGAGUGUGUACCCGUCCUCGAAUUUCGGACAUCUGCCCCAGCUAGCUGACUGACUGACGAUACGUUACUUCAGUGAACGGUCUGCAAACCUUGAGCUAUUGGCGAGAUGCAUUCGACCGCCCAUCGGCGUCGACGCUGGGCCUGCUUAAUGCCAUCUUCUCAGUUGGCCAGGUCGUGGGAUUACCCUUGGUGCCCUUCCUCGCCGACCACAUCGGACGCAAAUGGACCAUUCUCCUGGGCAGCUCACUGAUCUUUCUCGGGGUCAUCCUGCAGACCGUGUCGAUCAACAUCGGCAUGUUCAUCGCGGCCCGGUUCAUCAUCGGCCUCGGCAUAGUCUACACGCAGAGCUGUUCGCCCAUGCUCAUCACCGAGCUCUCGCACCCUCAGUACCGGGCCCGGCUGACGACCAUCUACAACACGCUGUGGUACCUCGGGUCCAUCAUCGCCAGUUGGACGACGUACGGCACGCUGAAGAUGAAGAGCGACUGGUCGUGGAAGACCCCCAGCAUCCUGCAGGCCUUCCCGUCGGUCAUCCAACUGUUCCUGAUUUGGUUGGUGCCCGAGAGUCCCCGGUACCACAUCGUCAAGGGGAGGCACGAGACGGCGAAGAAGAUCUUCCAGCGCUUCCACGGCCCCGCCUCGGGCCAGGAGUUCGUCGAGAGCGAGUACCAAGAAGUCCUCGAGACCAUGGAGCUGGAAAAGGAGUUUGCCAGCCACGGCAUCUCGGAGAUGUGGUCCACCAGGGGCAACCGACACCGACUCCUCAUCGUCGUCACCGCCGGGAUAUUCUCUCAGACGGCGGGCGCGAGCAUCGUCAGCUACUACAUAUUCUUGGUCCUGAACCAGAUCGGCAUCACGGACUCGGACACGCAGCUCAUCAUCAACGGGUGCAUCACCAUCUUCAACAUGACCGUCGCGACGGGCAUGGCCUUCACGGUCGACAGGUUCGGCCGCCGCCCCCUGUUCCUGACCGCCACGUUCGGCAUGUGCCUCGCCAUGACCGGGUGGACCGUGGCCAGCCAGCAGUCCCAGACCACGGGGACGGCCGCGGCGGGCCGGGCGGUCAUCGCCCUCAUUUUUGUCUUCAACCUGUUCUACAACUUUGCCUGGUCGGGCUUGUUGAUCGGCUACGUGGUCGAGAUCAGUCCGUUCUAUCUGCGCUCUCGCUACCUCACCAUCAUGUUGCUGAGUGUCGCCGCCGGGUCCUUCUUCUCGAAUUACGUCAACCCGGUGGCCCUGUCCAACAUCGAGUGGAAAUGGUACCUCUGUUACAUCUUUUGGUUGGUCAUCCAAUCCGUAGUCGUGUACUUCUUCUACAUCGAAACGAAGGGGCACACCCUGGAGACCAUCGCCGUCUGCUUCGACGGGGAAAGUGCCAAGGUCGGCGGCGAGGCCGCCACGGCCAAGGGGAGAGAAUUGUUGAAUAAUCUGGACUCUCCUACCAAAGUGGCCACCGGUGUACACGUGGAACACACAAGUGGAGGAACAGAAACAACGACGUCUCCUCGACCGGACUCGUACCCGCGGUCGCAGUCUCCGUCUCAGUCUAACGAGGUGGACGUAGAAGAAGUCAAGACAACCUAGGGUAGAUGUAUAGAUCCUAGAUGUCUAGAUGUCUAGAUGCUUUUUAAUCGUCCAUACAAUCUAUUUUGGGGGUUCGAGGGGAGCAUUUGGUUUUUAUGCAG